AUGGAAUAUCCACAAGAAGCUUAUAUGGACUAUUAUCAACAGGGAAAUAAUCCAUCUGGUGUUCCUGCACAAACCUACUCUCCUCAACAAACCUAUUCCCCUCAACAAAAUUACCCUCCUCAACAGAGGUCUCCCACGCAUACCCCAAGAGGAUUCCAACAACCACUUUCUCCAGGUUAUCAAACUCCGCAACAAAGAGCUCCCGUUUAUCAACAGCCCGAACAAUAUAAUCAUCACCCUACACACGUUCGCGCCCCCUCGAAUAAUAGCAGUUUUCGAAGACAGAAUGCUACUUAUCCUGAUCAUGAGGUUGUGAGUUUUGACCAGGAAAAGGCAAACAGAAGAAAGUCAACCCGUCAUGUUGAACUUACCCGUGGAAAUUUGGUAUUGGACUGCCCAGUGCCAGAUAAAAUACUCCGUAACGUCAAAUAUACCAACGAUGAAGAAUUCACCACCAUGAGGUAUACUGCUGUGACCUGCGAUCCGGACGACUUCAUCAAAAACAACUAUCUUUUACGGCCUUACAUUAGUAGUCGAAAAACCGAGCUCAUGAUUGUCAUGACAAUGUAUAACGAAGAUGAUAAACUCUUUAUUAAGACGAUGUCAUCCGCUAUUAAAAAUAUUGCUUACCUUUGCACUCGAGGAAAGUCAAAGACUUGGGGUCCCGAUGGUUGGCAGAAGGUCGUUGUUGUGAUUGUAUCCGAUGGUCGCAAUAAAGUUAACCAACGCGUUUUAAAAGUUCUUGGAGCAAUGGGAGUUUACCAAGAUGAUAUCAUGCAGGACAAUGUCGCCGGAAAAUCCGUCACUGCACAUCUUUUUGAGUACACUUCUCAACUGAUGGUAGAUAGUGAUUUCAACAUUCGCGGCCAAGACAAGAAGGUCCCACCUGUUCAAGUCUUGUUCUGCUUAAAAGAAAAGAAUGCCAAGAAACUGAAUUCUCAUCGUUGGUUCUUUAACGCUUUCGCCGCACAAUUAAAUCCAAACGUCUGCGUCUUGCUUGAUGUUGGAACCAAACCAUCAUCCACCUCGGUUUAUCAUUUGUGGAAAGCCUUUGAUCGUGACCCUUCGAUUGGAGGCGCUUGCGGUGAGAUUAAAGCUGAGCUUGGAGCAGGGUGGUCGAAACUUCUUAAUCCUCUGGUGGCUUCGCAAAACUUUGAGUAUAAAAUGUCGAAUAUUUUGGACAAACCUUUGGAAUCUGUCUUUGGUUAUAUUUCCGUGUUGCCUGGCGCUUUUUCUGCAUAUCGGUACAAGGCAUUGCAGAAUACUUCCCCCGGUAAAGGACCGUUAGCGUCAUACUUUAAGGGUGAAGCUAUGCACGGUUCUGGUGCUGCUGAAGCUGGUAUCUUUGAAUCAAACAUGUAUUUGGCCGAAGACCGUAUUCUAUGCUUCGAACUUGUUGUCAAGAAGAAUCAGGCAUGGAAGUUGAAAUAUGACGCAAAAGCUGAAACCGACGUACCAGAUACUGUGCCAGAAUUCAUUUCUCAACGCCGUCGUUGGUUGAAUGGAUCAUUCUUUGCUGCCUUUUAUUCCAUUGCGCACUUUCUACGCAUCUGGACUUCAGGACAUUCAUUGUUCCGCAAAUUCUUGUUACAGAUUGAAUUCAUUUAUAAUGCUAUCCAGUUAGUAUUCAACUGGUUCGCUUUGGGUAACUUCUUCCUGGCCUUCUUCUUCUUAACUCAAUCUACAACAUCCAAUCCCGCCACUGAUCCUUUCAGAGGAUAUGGUUCUGAACUAUUCGACUUCUUCAGAUCGCUAUACAUGAUGGUCAUUGUCACAAUCUUUAUUUGCUCAAUGGGUAAUCGACCUCAAGGAUCUAAAACUACAUACACGCUUUGUAUCGUACUAUUUGCGAUUAUCAUGGCCACCAUGCUCUAUUGUGCGGGUUACACUGUAUACCUCGCUCUUCACGGCUCGGUGAACUUUAAAAGCUUUACCAGUAUCAAGGAAGCUCUUAAAAAAGCCGCCUUCCGGGACAUUGUAAUAUCACUCACAUCGACUUAUGGCUUGUAUAUUUUCACCUCUUUUAUUCAUAGGGAACCAUGGCAUAUGGUUACGUGUCUGGUUCAAUACGUCUUGUUUGUACCAUUCUACGUGAACAUCCUGAUGGUCUAUGCAUUUUGUAACACUCACGAUGUGUCGUGGGGUACCAAAGGUGAUAACGGUAACUCUGGUGAAUUAGGAGGAGCGACAUCGGUAACGAAAAAUGUGAUGAAAGUUGAUGUGCCUACCGAACGCGAAGAUAUUAAUGCUGCUUAUGAUGAGAUAUUGAAAAGCUUAAAGGUUAAAGAACAUAAAGUUGUUCAGCAUCGAGACGCUAACACAAAGAAAGAAGAUUACUACAAAAAUUUCCGCACGAAUUUGGUGCUCGCUUGGAUGUUUUCUAAUGCUUUCCUCGUCGUGUUUUUCACAUCUCAAACCUGGAUGAACUUCGUAGCAAGAUAUACGCGCGGAAAUACUGCAAUUAAUCCUUAUUUGACAUUCGUGUUCUGGUCAGUGACUGCUCUGUCAGGGUUUAGGGCGUUUGGCAGUGUUUGGUAUCUAAUCCUCAAGUUCUUGUUUGGAUAA